AUGUCUUCCAAGCAAAUUGAAGCCGAAGCCCAGCAUCACGACAACAUUGGCGCCCGCGUCGCGAAGAGACUCAGCAAGAGAAUGUCUCGAAGUGGUGGCUCUAAGGAUGCUUCUCACGAAGCAGCCACUGACCAAAGUGGCAUUGGUCAGCAGGCUGUUGACAAGGGAGAACAAGCCAAGGAUGAUGCCACCCAAGGAAACUUGAGCAACAUCAAAGAUACGACCGGAAAAGGAGAAAAUACCACUAACACCGCUGGCGAGGAAGGUACCGCCAGUGCUUUGGGAGGCAAGGGAUUGAAAAGCGACAACGUCCAUAAAGGAAGUAUUGAAAAAGUCGGCCGACGGAUGUUUGGCAGUAUCAGUGUCGGACCGCCGGAGCCCAACGACGAUAUCAAGAAGGGUCCUAUAUUCCCAGGACCCAGCGAUCAGAGACAAGGGGAUAAAACCACUUCAGGAGGCGCUGGAAGCAGCACCAAGGGAGGACUCAGCCAGGACAAACUCAAGACCAGUCAAAGCCAAGGUCAGGGCAAGGGACUCAGUCAAUCUGGCGGAGCUUUGGGAGCCCAGCAAGGCUUGAGUAGCGGCGGAGGAGGAAUGAGCCAAACCGAAAAGACCACCGGUCAGACACAAGAAUCCACUAGCCAGGCCCAGACUGGAGGAAUUAGCCAAAGCCAACAGCAGAACCUCAGCAAAGGCCAGAGCACCCUAGAAGAGGACAACAACAAGCUCAAUCCAACGGAGGCUGGAGGCAUCAGCUCAACCCCACAACUGUCCAAUACCAAAUCUCAAGGCCAGUACAGCAGCGCGAAAGACGAAGUUUCGCAGGUCCGCGGUGCCAACAAGAGCAAAGAGAAGCCUGCUACAAGUCAGGGACUGCUGAGUCAAGCCAGAGACAAAUUCAACCAGACCUGGGGUGGCAGCAGCAGCCAGAAAGACAAACCUACCAGUAAACAAGAAAAUACCAGCAAGAGCCAAGCUGGCCUCGCUGCAGCAGGAGUGGCUGGUGUCGGUGCGGGCGCCGGAAUGGCAGGUGGAACCUUCGGCGGCAACGACGCGAUCAGUGAUGAGCUUCAUACCCAAGCCGAUAUCGGUGACGACGUCUUCAGUGAUGGGGUUGCCGGAAAAACCUCCAAGGGACCGGGCCAAGGUCUUUCCCAAAAGGGCACUGGAGUGUCUUCGGCCUCCCAGCAGUAUCAACAAGGUGGAACCAACCAGUUUGCUGCUGGUCAGGGUAUCAACAAGGGUGUCCUCGGCCAGAGCGCCGCCAAUACCACUUCUUCCGAGCAGGCCAGCAAGGACCUGUCGAACCACGGCGGAAUGGUCAAGGAUGGCAUGGCGGUAAUGUCUGGACCCCAGCCGACUGAUGCUCCCAGCUCAGUUGCUUCAGGUCAGGACCACUUGAAGUCCGGCACUGGUGCAGGUAUGGUAGGUGCUGUCGGUGCUGCUGGCGUUGCAGGUGCAGCAGAUGCAGGGUCGGGUCUUGGUGGCAGUAAAGAUGUCAGCCAGCACGGACUCAAUCAGGGUGCCAUCAGCCCCGGAAAGACCGCCACCACAACUACUACCACUUCCAACGUGGCCGGUGGUACCUCUUCCACUCGCGUUGUGCAGAACCUGAGCGGCAGCAGCUACAAGGUCACCAUCUUGCAAGAGAAGGUCCAGUCGGUGACGCAAAAGUGCAAGACCCAGUUGGGCUUGUCGGCUAGCGAGAUCAGCCAGCGCAGCGCGACAGUCGAUGCGUUCUUUGAUGCUGUGGCUGCAGAGCGUCUGCGCUGGAUGCCUCGCGAUGGAAGCAGACUUGACUGCAGUCUCCGCUGGGCAUCUCGUAUGGCCUACGCAGUAGAUGCUCUGCGCGAGUCCAUCGGAACUUUUGCACCUGGCGCCAACGAGGCAGCUAAGCUGAUCUGGGGAUUCUUGAUUCUGCUUUUGGAGUCUGAUAUCGACAACACCGAUCUGUUCGAAAGCAUCUUUGGCAGAUAUGGUCGCGUUGCCGUUGGACUUCACCUGCUUCUCCAGUAUGAGACUGCGUACAAGUCGUCUCCGGAACUCCAGCCAGAGGCCGCUGCUGUCUUCGCUGACCUGCUAGAGAUGGUCUGCACCACCUCUUCCAGCUGCAUCGAAGGAUUCAAGAGCAAGGAGUCCGAGCAGGUUACUGGUCACAACGUUGACUCGGGCUUCGUGACCUACGCCAGGCGCUAUUCGACCCACUGGAACGCUAUCGUCGAGGCCGCUACUUCCAAGGUGGUUCUGAACAGCUCGCUGAUCUACUCGAGCGCAGAUCUUGGCAGCCUUCGCCAGUUCCUGGGUGUGCAGGACCGUCCUCUGCAGUUUAUUCUGGAUUCUCGUACACACACUCUUGUUGAGGGAUCUUUCGAGUGGUUCAAUAAUACUCUGUAUGACUUUACAGUCGGCAAAUCCCCUGUCAUGCUCAUGACAGGUGGACCGGGUACCGGAAAGAGUGCCAUGUCCCAGUGGACUGUGGAGCGUCUGCAGGAAUCUGCCGAGCAUGAUAACUGGAACGUGAUUCCGUACAAUAUUCGUGCUGAUAUUCCUGUCGCAACACUGCCUUUGCGUAUCCUGAAGGGAGUCCUGCACCAAAUGCUCGACCACUGUGUCAGCGACAGGCGUACCCAGGAAGCCAUCCUGGUUCAAGUUGCCCAUGCUGCUCAGGCUGCCAUGGAUGGUGCCGGCGACCUCGAAGUCGAAGAGAACCUCUGGAAGGGCAUUCGCGCCGGUCUGGCAUCCAACAUCCAGUACAUGUUCGUGAUAGACGGCCUGGACCAAAUCAAGGGUGGCGAUUCCGAUGCUAUUUCUUGUCUCGAGAAGUUCACGGCCAUUCUGUCUGAGCAGAAUGCUGGCUCGAAAAUGAUUGCCUUUACCCGCCCACUGAGCUCGAAGAUGGCCAUCAAGAACAUUGGACAGUACACGAUUCAAAGUUCCCAGACUCGCACCGACUUGUCGAUGUACGUCAACAAGAUGAUCUCUUCUAGCGGGAUCUCUUCUGGCGGCCACUUCGACUACGCGAAGAGCACUCAGCUUGAAAAUGUCGUGGCUGCGAUUGUCAACCGCGCCCAGGGCUCGUUCAGCUGGGCCGAGAUGGCUGUUGCGCUUGCUGGCCAGCAGAGAAGCCUGGGCCAGGCCAUGCAGUCCGUUCAGGGUCUACCACAAUCCAUGCCUGAGCUUCUGGAUCUCCAUAUGAAGAGCCUGGAUCUCAGUCAGGCCGAGACCAAGUCGGUCCUCUCGUGGCUGGCUGCCGCGGAGAGACCCCUUCUGGUAGAGGAGAUCGAGCAGCUCCUGGCUGUCGAUAACCAAAUUCCUGGAUUCACGCCUCGUACUUCACGCAGCAGCGAGACUAGCUGGUCCACGGCUCUCAGCCCUUUGGUGAUGACCCAGAGUGGUGUUGUGUCUUUUGCUCACACUUGUAUCCGCGACCACGUCAUCAAGCAGGCCCGCGCCGCCAGUGCCAAAUCACCGCUGAGCCUCAAGGAAGCCCAUUAUGAUCUUCUGACGAGAUGCCUUGCGUGGGUGCAGCUGAGUAUCCGCGAAGAGGCUGAAAUCUCCAUGGACAAACUGAGUAUGGAAGAGCGCAACCGUCUCUUUGACAAGUAUACUGUUCUCGAGUAUACUGGGCGCUACUGGCUGUCGCAUCUUCUGUCUUCACCUCUCGUGACUGAUGAGGGCGAGUUCCAAUUCAGCACCAGCUUCAAGAAGCUGCUUCCUGUGACCGUUCUCUUUGCUCGUCUCGAGUUGACCUGCAAGGAAUCGCAGUUUACUCGGUCCAGUGUCGUUGAGCUGUAUCGCCUGGCAACCGACAUUCGCCGCUUAAUUCUCGGCGAGAAGUCCAUGGCGCUCUUGCAGAGUCUGCUCCUGAGUGCUCGCGUUUCCAAGCUGGCUCAUGCUAGCCACGCUGAUGAGCACUGCUACGAUGCCUGGAGACUCAGCCAGGAGCUUCUGGGACAGUCCGACAGCAUUACUCUGACAUGUGCUGAGAUGAUGACCCAGUCGUUCACCGAUCGAGGCAGUAUGACUGCCCAGCAGGAGGACAUCAUGAGAUACCUGAUCUUGACCGAUUCAGAAAUCACCGGUGUAGAAUUCAACCAGCGUCUCAAGUACCUCGGUAUGAUCGUCGGCACCUACAAGUCUCGCAGUGACAAUCAGUCUGCUCUUCUCAUCUCGAAGCAAUUCUACCAGCAGAUCCUGCAGAAGUACGGCUCCAACUCGCGACAAUCGUCCGACACUGCCGACUUCCUGACUGAUCAGUUCUCGACUACUGGCAGUGAUGAGAUGAGCCUUGAUAUUGCGCGUACCAAGUAUGAUAAUGUCGUUCGGACAAUGGAAGUCACUGAUGAGCGUCGCAUCAAGUACGCUCUGUAUAUGGCUCAGCUCUAUGAGCAACAUGGUGAAAAGGCCCAGGCUCAGGGCAUACUGUCUAGUCUCUGGGCUGGUCUCAACUCUCGUGAUAUCGACUCUGUUGAUAUGAUGGAUAAGAAGGCCAAUGUUGCUCUUGUCUAUUAUCAAUUCCUGCGCCGCCAGGGCCGCAACGAUGAGGCCGAGGUGAUCAUCCGCGAGCUGGUCGCUGACCUCGAGGUUACCGGCGUUCACUCACAGGAGAUGAUGCAGCGCGUGCAGAUGCUCCGAACUGAGACUCGCGAAAUGCACAUGUACAGCCUGGAUCGUUCGCUGUCUAUCCUUAUGUGGCGCUACUACAAGGAGACCAACCAGGAAUACUCCGCUGAGGCUACUACGUUGGCGAUGUUGCUGGCCGAGGGCAUGGCCAACACCGUCUCCAUUGAAGAAUCUCUGUCCAGCCGUGACCGCAAGCUGAUGGUCGAGCUUCUAGACUCCAUCACUUCGUCAUCUAGCAACAUCAACGUGUCGACCCUGAUCUUGUGUCACAGCCUGUCCAGUAUCUACGUCCGCGAGGAAGAUUGGGCCGCGGCCAGCGAAUGCUCCAAGGCAGUCCUGCAGCACGUCUGGCCUACCGUUGAGCAAACCGGAUCUCACAAGAAGUUCUCAACCGAGCUGGCGCCCCCUGUUGCCGAUCUCGCGCUGGUUCUGGCUUACUGCCACUUCCGCCGACUGCACCUGGAUCAAGCGACCAUCGUCUACGAGAACGCCUUUGGAUCUCUGGUGGCCUCAGAAAGGGUUCCAGUUCCCUCCGUUCUGGCUGUUGCCAAGGCAGUGGUUGAAUUCUAUGAAACCACUUUCCAGUUCACCAAGGCACUCACUUUGCUUCACUCUGUCAGCAACUUCCUGACUUCUCGUCUGGGAGAGACCCACAAGCAUACCAUUGAGAACUUGUAUCUGGAAGCUGCACUAGCCAGUCGUCUGGAGAUGAGCCAUGAAGCCAAGAGCACCUACCAGCGCAUCUACAAGUCGACUCUCCGUGGUAGCACCAUGGCUCCCGAGGGCAUGGAAGCCGCUCUUGCACUUAUCGUCCUGUACGAAAAGGAGCUGCAAUGGGACUCCGCUCUCGAUGUCUACCGCCAUGUCUGGCCUACUCUUGUUGUCCACGAAACGAUGAGUGUCUACGACCGCAUGCAGACUGAGAAGCUCAUCGAAAAGACUUACCUGGGCUACAUGCAUAUUCUGACAACACGCACCAAGAACACUGACUUCUCGGAGCGUUAUAAGGUGGCGUCCGAGUACUUGAUGACCUGCCAGAAUGUGUAUGGAUCCUCGCACCAGAAGACAUUAAGCGCGACCCUGCUGUUCGCCGAGCUGUGCGAGUCCAACCACUCAUACACCGACGAGGCUAUCUCGCUGUACAAGAGGCCCCUGCAAACCAGCGAAUGGGUUCCUACUUCGCAGUCCGCAAAGGGUCUCGACCAGAUGACGCAGCCAUUGCCCAUCACCCUGAAGCACAAGCUGGCUCAGCUGUUUGUUCGCAAGCGUGACUCGACCAGCGAAGCGCGCUCUUUGUAUACCGAAGAGUUCCAGCUGGCAAAGAAGACCCAGGGAUUCUUCUCCACCACCACGCUCUCCUGGCUUCGCGAGCUUGCUCUUGCUCACUCGCGCCAGGGCACUCCGACCUCAGUGCAGCAGGGCAACGCUCUUCUUCACAAUUAUGUGACGGACGUCCUACACGCAGGUGGCGAUUCCGAUAUGAUGGGCGACUGGGCUCGCAAGAUCGCUGCCAUCUACUUGGAGUGUGGCUUCAUCGAUGGCGGCAACAACGUCCUGGAUGAGCUGCGUCACCGCGUGGUCUAUGGAUCUGAUCCAUCCGCCAUUGCCCUGGGUGAUCGCCGCGACGCGGUCUUCGUGGCAGCCUUCGAGGAAGCAUUCGGCCGACGUGCCACCUACAACCAGAUCAUGAGCGAAAUGGCUCGCGAGAUGCAGACCCAGCAGGCUUUCUCCAAGAACCUGUCCGGACAUGACUUUGUGCCUACGCUCAUCUCUGGAGACAGCCUGGCUCGUCUGCAGACCCAGCAGAACCGUACUCGUGCUGCAAAGGACACCAACAGCAAGCUUUACGAGUACUUCUGCAGCACCUUGUCUGCCACCAAUAUUGCCGACAGAGAUAUCGUGAAGCAGUUCUACGGCAUCUGCAUCCGUGAGGUCCACAGCGACGAUUACAAUAUGACCAUCCUCACGACGACCACCAGCUUGGUCCGCGAUCUCUGUAACAACUCUCGCUUCAGAGACGCGAGCGAUGUCACCGGCGUCCUGCACUCGUUCCUGCAUCUGACCGACGGUCUGAGCAACUACGACAGCAUCAUCACAGCCACCCAGCUGUGUCUCUACCUGAGCGGCAACAGCGCCACCAGGUGCCAGAAUGAAAAGAUGUUCAACGAGAUGUCCGUCAAAUCAAAGCUUCUGCUCCAGGAACUCAUGGCAGCAUCCAAGUCGAUCGGCGUCGAGAUCGUCGAUCUCCCAUUCACCCAGCUAAACGACAUCAUCACCCUCCUGGGCGAAUACGAGUUGUUCGACGACCUGGAAGCAAUCCUCACCUCACUAUGGACAUCACGAAUCGUCCAGCGCACCUGGACCCCCGACGUCGUCGUCUGGAUCGGCCGCCGUCUCGUCGAAACUCGCUUCUGCCGCGGUUCCGUCGACUCCGCCAUCCAGCUCUGCCGGGAUAUUUGCUACAACCUGCGCCAGGUCUGGGGUAGCUGCGACCCCGUCACACUAGACAUGACCAAACUCCUUUCAGGUCUCUACACAGCCUCAAACGACCACCAAUCCGCCGCAGCACUACACGAGGGCGUCUUGUAUGAUCUCCUCGGCGACUCCGACGCAAAGAAUCACCCUCGCGCAGCAGACACCGCAACGCAACACAUGGAACUGCUCCGCCGUGCACAGUCCCGCCUUGGUACCGGCAAGUCGUCGCGUGCCUCUGCACACACCGAUCUUGUCGCGCAGGUCACGGACCGCUUUGGACUGCAGUCCGAGCAGAUCCAGGGUGCCGGAGCUGCGCAUGGAGGCGAGACAUUUGGUGUUUGGUCGAAGCCUAGACGGUUCAGUAUUGAUAUUGAGGAUCUUGAGGAUGAGGGGCAGUUGCAUCAGAAUCAUUUGCGGGAGUCCAGUGGUGUUGGUUUGGUUAAUGGGAGUGGACAUGUGAGGAGGAUUUCGGUUCAGGCGUUGUGA